AUGUCUGCUGCUCGGUCCAUGUCACCUCAGGUUUCUCAUGAAAGUCCCACUAAGAGAAAGUAUGGUCGUCUUCCUGCUGCUGAUUUUGGCACCGGACGACUUCAUGCAGAUUUUAAUUACGUCUUCCAGCUGACUCUUCUUAGUCCUCGACCUGUCCAGUGCCUAAAAUUCUGCCCGCACAACGCAGACAUACUAGUAGGCGGACUUACCAAUGGACAGAUAGUUAUAUGGGAUCUUACUGAGAAUCUAAGACGGAUAGAAGGAGAACUUGAUACAUCAGAGUGGCGUGCAGUGGAAAGAACGUCUUUAAAAGGACUAAGCAGCUGGAAGAAGAAAGCAAAAGAAGGAAUAAGUAUGUACCCUACAGCAGUUUCUUCCCCUACUGUCUCCCACAAGGACUGCGUCACUGAUCUACAAUGGAUAGCGCCUACAUUGCAGGUAUGUCGAGAUGGAGUUCUGGAAAAAGUUCCACCAAGUUCACCAACACUGCAGUUCUUAUCGUGUUCUCUUGAUGGCCACAUGUAUGGAUGGAAUUUGUUGGAAGUGCCUACACCGAAACGCAAGAAAGUGGUCCAGAAGAAGUCUGCGAAGCGGCCACGUUCUGAAGGCCCCGAGCGGACGCCUGUGUCUCCGUACGCCAAACUGCAAGGCUUACUGCAACCCCAUUUCAAGGGCUCCCAGCAGACGAUGGUUAAGUGCGCCCUUGUUGACCCGCUAAUUGGCAUAUAUGAUUUCAGUGGCGGUGAGAAAGUAAUGAUUGGAUCGUGUAGUAGUGGAAACGAGUUCCCCUCUCAGGUCUCGGCUGACUACCCUCUUUCCAGUUUCAGUUCACCACUACCUGCUAUUUCCGGCAAUCGGCUAUCAGAGACGGAUGAAGUAGCCUCGACAUAUGGAGAAAUACGUCCAGAGGAAGCUUUGCAGUUCACUUCCAUGGCAGAUGUACAUGACGGACCAAUAGAAGCGCUGGAAAGGUCUCACUUUGUUGAAGAGAUAUUAAUUAGUCUUGGAGGCAGAGUGUUCGCUAUUUGGAGCGAAGAUUACAAGGGGCAGCCUCUCUACUGGAGACAGUAUAAGAUUCGACUGACAGCUUGCCGUUGGUUCCUUCAUCGUCCCAGCAUGUUUCUUAUUGCGAGAGAGGAUGGACGUUUCGAAACCUGGGACUGGUUCCUUGACAGUUGUCAACCAAUACACAUAACUGAUGUUUUGGGUAAGCCACUGACAGGAAUAUACCAGAGUCCAAUAAACCAUGACAACAUAUUUGGAGUUGCUGAUUCAGGAGGAACAUUCAGAAUAUUUAAUGUCCCUCAUGAAUACACAGAAUUCCAUCCUGAAGAUGUUAUAAAACUGAGGAAUAUGUUUGAACAACAUGUUGAGUGCAAACACCUAUUAACAUCAUGGACAACAAAAUGGAAAGAAAAAUUUGCUGAUUUUUUGAAGCAGAAAAGGAAAGAAGCUGAACGCCUCCAUAAACUGAAAAUGAUAAAGGAAAAGGAGAAAAUACGACUAGAGAAAGAAAGGCUUAAAGCCAUUAAAGAAGCAGAACUUGCAUUGCAGAAAAGAACAAAGCUAUUAAAGUGGCAGAAAGCACAGGAAAUAUGGGAUGCUAAACAAGAGAAACGAGCAAUAGAAAUACUCCUCAGUCAGAAGAACCUAGAUAAUGACCACCUAGAAACAGAGCAAAAGCCAUUCGUGAAAUUACAGGAGGAACAAAAAUCCAAAAGAAUAAAGCAGACAGAAGUAAUAAAUAUGAAUGAAAGUAUUUAUAAGGAAAUACUCUCUCUCAAAUUCCCUGAUCUCAAAGAGGAACUUGCUGGAGGUCCAGAAAUCAAAGAAACAAAAGAAGUACAAGAAGAAGAAAUGACUGUUCUUUUCAUAGAGCUAUAUGAGAAGAGUGAGACCGACUGCAUGGGCCUCAUGCAAAGUCAUCCUUUUGACCACAAAUUUCAGUGGAUGGAUCUUGUGAAGGAAGCACAUUCCAAAUUGCACAGUGUGUAUACAGACAACGCACAGGCCAGCAACCUAUAGAAUAAUACCCACGUUUGUAUUUACUUUGAGUGGAACCAUUCAUUCAGUAAUGAGCAGCACCUACAGAUCUUAGAAUUCAUCAUUUAAAAAUACUAAACCAUAACAGGAAAAUGAUGGAAUUAUGUGAUGUGAAAAUCUCAAAUUUAGUAAAUUUUGAGCAAAACUUAAAAGAGGGUGAGCAGAGAAACCACGUCCAUAUACCUGCCAAGCAGAAAAAAUUAUCAGCAUGAUUUAUUCAUAGUAAAAUAAUAAAGACUCAUAAUACUGUCAGGUCUAGUGUGGCAGUGGAAUAGGUAGAUUGGAAUGUACUACCA